AGUCUAUGACAUCAUGGUUGCUGUACUUGCUGUCAUUUGACAGAAUUUUAUUCUGCAUUCGAUUGUUCGUCAUUCAAUCGUAUCAUAAAUUUUUUUAACCAUAUAAUAUGGAUACAAAAGAACAAUCGUAAUCCUUUAAAAAACGAUUUUCUAUAUAAAAUUCUUCGUAAAAGACGAGUUUAUAUUCGUAAUGUGUAUGUGAGUGAUUUGAAAGAUAUGGUAAAUAGUUAAUAUUGACUGUCAAGCAAGAAAAAUAAUAGCAGUGGCCUCCAAAAUUGUAAUGGAAUCUUAUUUCAAAGCGACAUCCAAACGAAAAAAAUCGGCUCUGGAGGGCUACAAGUGAGUUAUGUUGUUGUUGAACUAGUUAGUGAAUACGUCAGUUGAUCGGUGAACCCUGGUCGACGUUUUAUAUGCGCGUAACGGUGACAUGAGCACGAAUAAGAGGCGCGGAGGAGCUAGCAGUUGUGCUGUGCCCGGGGUUCCCGCGCUGGCCGUGUCCACCGUGCCCACCGCCAUGUCGGCCGACCUCGCGUCGCUGUUUGAAUGCCCAGUGUGCUUCGACUAUGUUCUCCCGCCCAUCCUGCAGUGCCAGAGCGGGCACUUGGUGUGCUCGAGCUGCCGACCCAAGCUGUCGUGCUGCCCGACGUGCCGCGGGCCCCUCGGCAACAUUCGCAACCUCGCCAUGGAGAAAGUUGCUAGUAAUGUAAUGUUCCCCUGCAAACACUCUAACACAGGCUGCACUGUGACCCUAGUGCACACCGAGAAAGCUGAGCAUGAGGAAGCCUGUGAGUUCAGACCUUACUCCUGCCCCUGCCCUGGGGCCUCCUGCAAAUGGCAGGGUGGCCUUGAUCAAGUGAUGCCUCACCUUAUGAUGUCUCACAAAAGCAUCACAACUCUACAAGGCGAAGAUAUAGUUUUUCUGGCUACGGACAUAAACCUACCUGGAGCAGUAGAUUGGGUGAUGAUGCAGUCUUGCUUUAAUCAUCACUUCAUGCUGGUUCUGGAAAAGCAGGAGAAAUUUGACGGGCAUCAGCAAUUCUUUGCUAUAGUGCAGCUUAUAGGUUCUAGGAAGGAGGCAGAGAACUUUGCGUACAGGUUAGAGCUGAACGGCCACCGUCGUAGGCUGACCUGGGAGGCAAUGCCGCGCUCCAUACAUGAAGGGGUCUCCUCCGCUAUCAUGAACUCUGACUGCCUUGUCUUUGACACAUCACUGGCACAGCUUUUCGCUGACAAUGGAAACCUUGGAAUAAAUGUCACAAUAUCUAUUGCCUAAAAUCAAUAUUGCCACAUUAGAAGUAGGAAGCUGCCUGAAAUAACUUAUUUCAUUGGCUAUAAAGAAUAAUUUAAUUAAAUUUAAAAUGGCAGUGAAAUAGAAGUGUAAAAGAUCUCUUAUGAAUUAUGUAUAGACAGUGUUUUAAAUUAUCAAACUGAAAUUAAUACUUUAUUAUUAUUAUGAAUGCACAGGCAGCUUAUAGCUGAUAUGUGCACAUCAAUGUCCUGCACUUGUGUUUUGUCCAUUUAUAAAAUGUUUGUUACAAUUUGCAUUGUUUACAGUUCCCUGACUUUGACAUGUUUAUAUUUGAUAGGACAUCAUAAGCCAAAUGUUUUUUAUUCUAUUACCCGGGUCCACACAGAGCGAGCAUAUGCCCAGGCAAUUUCCUCACACACAAUACGGCCAGUGUAGACGUGCCUCGGCCGCGGCGGCCCGCUCGGGGGAAGACAACGUUUGUGCAUAAGGAAAUUGCCUCGCGCGUAUGUUCACUCAGUGUGGACCCGGCUAUUAUCAUUUUGUAUAUGUGUGUUCACUUUAGUGUUAAGUAGUGGAAAGUUUAAUUGGAGUGUAAAACUUCUGAAACGCCUUGUAAACAUAGAUUAUAAAUUAUAUCAAUUUAUGACCUCUCAUGAGCGAGGGAAAGUGAUUACUUUAUUCCAAAAUAUGAACAAAUAUUAUUUGUGUUGUUAACAUUUAAUCAUUUGUAUAUAGUGUAAUGUUAAGAGGUUUGAGCAAUUUCUAUGCAAUUAUAACGGUGUAUAAGCUUGUGAAUUUAAUUUAGUGUGCUGGCAUUGACUGAGCUCAGGUCACAAGGACUGAUAACCAAACCCAGUUUAUUAUUUGGUUGAUCAACUAUUUCUAAUUGUAUAACCUAGUACUCACUUGCAGGAAAGUAAGAAAGUGGAUACCCAAUCUUGCUUUGCUAGACCAUCAUGAAAAAUUUUAGGGUCUCUAGGACCUACCCUCAUUGGCUUCAAACCCUUCCCAAGUUUUUUUUUCAGUCUUGUUAUCUAGAAUCUACAAAUAUAACAGGUUAUGUUUGGCUAUAAAUCCUACACAAUCAUGGUCUCCUCAUCUUUUUAAUGAGGAGAAAACCAUGAUCCCCAAAAGACAAGAAAUAGUUGAUUAACUUGGUUGUUGAAUCUUUAUGUGUUAAUUUCCUGACAGUUACCUUCUAGAUUUAGCACACCCAGAACAAUAUCUAAAUAUCCUUAAUUUAUUGAAUGGUCUUGUGAGACAAUCCAUGUGAGUCUUAAACUUGCAAGUGCUUAGGCAAAGACAAGCUUAGAACAUUGGUUGAGCCCCAACUCACAAAACUCUCUAAUGCCUUUUGCAUAACAAUUUGUAACUUGUAAUGUUAGCAGAACUUUUAAAAUAACUUUGCUAAUAUAACACAUAAAAUUGUUAUGAAAUAACUCCCUGAAUAAUAUGAAUUUGAUUUAUUUGGCCCCUUACCUAAUCUAAUUUUAUUAUAGAAAAUCAAAAACUUUACAUAUGAACUACUUAAAUAAUAUUCUGACACAUGUUUGAAUCAAAUACUUUUCUGAUAUCAUUAAAAUAUAUUAGUCGUAAUAUUUCUUUACGCUUAUAGCAGAAUCAGUUGCGUAUCAAUAUUUCUUGCAUUAAACUACGCGGCCACACACUCGACGAAUGGUAUGGGAAGUACGAGUAUGCAGGGUAGUAUGGCGGUGACGAGUAACGUGGCCACUACGUCUCUGCCUACUCCCAUACCACUUCUCUAGUGUGUGGCCGCGCAGAAACAGACAAAGGAAAAUACAUGUGCUGCUUUUGCUAGCUCAAAUUAGAUUGUCUUGGAUUCUUAUCGUGACCUGACGUCACAAAGCUCAGUGAAUUCAGUAACUAACGAACUCGCUAUCUUAUUAGUAAACCAUAAAAUAAGUAAAUAAACCUGGUUAUCUGGUCUCGAAUACUGGCACUCCUAACUCGGAAUGUAGCCAGUUCUGGGCAUUGGUUGGUUCUGAUCAAUUGUUUUAGAUUUAUCCUUUAUUUAUACAAAAACCAUGUUACUUAAUUAUAGUGUAAUUAUCAAGGGUGCAUUCGGAUAUAUUGUGUUGUAGAGUCUCUGCGUAAAGAGUCAUAGAAUGUAUUGGUUUGGUUCAUUUAUAUUCCACGACUCUUCUCUUUCCGCACUCUAAUAUUAACGCAAAAUGUGAUACAAACGCGGAAAGUAAUCUAUGAAUUCCUAACGAGGGGCGAUAAUGUAAAACAAAGGGUUGUGCAACAAUAUGAGUUGGAAUAAUAAUAUCGCAUGUUUUGCAAUGCAUGCUAAGACGACGGACUGGACUUUUGAUGAUCGGUCUGGCCUAGUGGGUAGUGACCCUGCCUUUGAAGACAAAGGUCCUGGGUUCGAAUUCCGGUAAGGGCUUUUAAUUGUGUGAUGGCACAAAUAUUUGUUUCUUAGUCAUGGGUGUUUUCUAUAUUUUAGUAUUAUAUAUAUUAUUAUUAUUAUUAUUUGGAGCCUGUCGUGUCCCACUGCUGGGCAAAGGCCUCCCCCCAAUCUCUCCACUGAUCUCUAUCGAGUGCUAUGUCUGGCCACUCCUUCAAGAAGGAGUCCAGUUCAUCCCGCCAUCGCCGGUGAGGUCUGCCAGAUCCCCGAUUCGAGUUUUCGGGCUCCCACUCUGUAGUGACUUUGCCCCACAACUCAUUCGGCAUUCGGCAGACAUGACCAGCCCAAUCCCAUUUUAGCUUGGCCGCUUUCCGAGCUACAUCGAUGAUUUGUGUCUUGGAGCGCAGCGUGGUGUUCCGGACUCGAUCCACCAAUUUGACACCUAAUAUGCUACGCUCCAUAGCUCGUUGGCAAACUCCGAGUUUGGACUUCUGAGCUUUAGUCAAAGACCAAGUCUGUGCCCCGUAGGUUAGAACUGGGAGUAUGCACAUGUCCAUGAGCUUCCGUUUGAGAUAUAUCGGAAGAUUACCUUUCAUCAGGUGUUUCAUGGACCAAUAGCUCCUCCAGGCGUUUUCAAUCCGUCUUUCGACCUCUUUUUCCUGACGCGCCUGGAAGGAGACUAAUUGGCCCAAAUAAAUAUACUCAUGGACAUCCAAAUAUAUAUAUAUAUACACACCGUGUUUUUAUUGAAUUCCGUUAACUUCGGGGUAUCGGUAAGUAGGUUUAAGGAAAUUAAAUGGUACAGUUAAUUUAAAAAAAAAAAAGUUUUUUUUUCUAUAAUUAGUACUUAAAUGUUGCAUAUAGCUUUGUUGUAAAACGGAAACUUCAUUUAAAUCAACCAAAGAAUUGAAAACUGUGACAUAUCAAUGUCAUUUCGACCAUCGAUCGUCCGAGAUAGUACUUACGUUUAGUAGCAAAUGUAAUACCUCACACUAAACUAAUUGAUAUGUAAACAGGCCCAAAAGCAAGUGUGCACGCUCGUAAGGGCCUUAUAAGAUAAAAAAUAAUUAUUGAUUAUCUCUGAAAUGGAGUUAAUUAGAAUACCGGUGUCUUUGAGAAAGUUACUUAAUUUAAGCUCGGGAAUGCACCCUUUAAAUUAACGGAAAUAAAAAAAACACGGUGUAUGUAUAUAGAGAACUAUAUAUAUAUAUAUAUAUAUAGUUCUCUGAGUACCCACAGCGCAAGCCUUCUUGAGCUUACUGUGGGACUUAGUCAAUCUGUGUAAGAAUGUCCUAUAAAUAUUUAUUUAUUAGCAAAAUAAAAAGCGUCGAAAAGUAGCAUUUUAAUCGCCUGUUGCUCUAUAUCGUCUAGCAGCCCAGAUGCCAAUAAAAAAGCCUUCCAUGCUACUGUCUUUUAAUCGUUAUUUUGGCAAGAUCAGUGGGCGGUUAGAGUAUAUAAAUUAGGAUUUUUUGAGCAUAUGAACAUGUUAUCCGAAAUGCACUCCUAUUUCUGUACUUGAUUCCACUUCCAUAAGUUUUUCCAAUGUAUGCCGCCAUGAUGGUAGCGUACUUUAAUAUUAUUUAAUCUUUCUUCUAUUUCUUAGGAUAUACCUGGUAAAAAAUACAAAAGAUUCUAGUUUAAAUAAACAUUUUGUAACAUA